AUGCUUCCAUUCCCCAGCUACUACGUUUCAACACCAAUUAUGUCCGAGAAGAACAUAAGCAGCAGCAACAGUAAGAGAAGAAAGACGAGAUGGCCACCGACAGUCUCAUCUGGAGGAGGAGGAGAUGAGCUAGCGACGGUGAAAGCUGCGGCGUGGGCUUGGUACCAAAGAAACGAAGGAAAACCAAUGAUUAGAGAAUUUGAUAUCACGACAAGAGCCACAAGAACACCUCGACCUUCUAGGUACAAGCUCGAAGCCAGCAAGAACAUGAUUUUAUCCGAGAAUAGGGUUUCUAAAUUCGACACUAGUCAUUUGUCGCGUGAAGAUCAAGAAACCAAGUUCUCUAGUCUUCUUGACCCUUAUGAGAUCAUGAGCAUCUGUAAAAGGAUUGACGAGGGAUCGUUACCCGCCAAUCCGACUAGUAGUUUCCGGAAUGACCAUGGUUUGCUGCAGAAUAAGCUAGAAGAUGAUCAUAGUAAGAAGGCGAAUCAGGUUGUAACAAAAAUGAGCAUGAAAAACUUGUGGAAAGGAAGGAUUCUGAUGGCGGCUCCAAGGACAGUUUGUGGAAGAAGUGAUGACGUGGAUCUUGAUGCUUAUCGAACUCGCCCAAGAACAUUAAAGGUAGCACCCACGAGUGUCAAGACGCGAACCGUCCGUCGUUAA